AUGGUUAUCACAGACCAGUUAACCAAAGGGGUCAGCCCCUUCUACCUAAGCCAUGGGUAUAACCUCAGCCUAUUUAGCCCUACCGAGGAGGUAGAGCAACUAGCCGAAGAACCAGCCAAGAGUCCUAUCCAGAAAGGGGAAGCUAUUAUACAGAAAGUUAAGGAAGCCCUAGACUGGGCUCAAGCCUCCAUGGCCUAUUCCUAA